AUGAAGUUCGAAAAUCUUGAAACGGUUAAAACUGAUCCUGUAAUGGAUACGUCCUAUAACAAGGAAUUUGUAUACAAGCACGCUGAACCCGCGGCAAGCUGCAAACCUGAGCUUGUAUUCGCGCCUCCAAUUAUAUCGAUGGAGAAGUCAACCACCUAUUCUGAAGAAUAUAUACCAAAAAAUGCAGGGUUACAAAAAAAAGUGAAACCAAGCUUUACUUACCAGACACCUGAAGAAAGAUUCUCAACCCAAACCGUGUAUAGCACCGAGUUUGUGAAACGAAAUCUGGAGCACCAGCAGAACUUUAAGCCAGUUAGGAAUUAUGUUGUCCCCGACGUGGGUAUGGAGCAGGAGACCAGCUAUAGCAAAGAAUUUACCCCUAUGCCUCUACAAAAACAGCAGAGCGCGAAGCCAAAGAAUCAUUACCAUCCAUCUGGCGGUGAGUUUGCAAAGACGACUGCCUACAAGUCGGAGUAUAUUUAUAACGGAGGAGAACAAUCACAGAGCUUUAAACCGAAACGUACUUAUUCUCCUCCAGCUUUGCCUAUGGAACAGAGGACAAGCUAUAAUGAAGAGUUUAUAAGACGAAUUCAUGAAAAGCAGCCAAGUUUGAAACCUAAGCAUCAGUAUGAAAUACCAACCAAAGACUUUAGCAAGGAUACUGUAUACACGACCGAUUAUGUUCCACGUAGAGGAGAAGUUUCCGAAAACUACAAACCAAUACGUAUCUAUUCUCCACCUGAGUUUUCUAUGGAACAGCAGACAACUUAUUCUAAAGAAUUCCCGUUCAAAUUUCAAGAAAAGCAAAGAAGUACCAAGCCAAAUAAUAAAUAUAUACCCCCUUUGGAAAAAUUUGCUAGGAACACUGUUUAUAGCGUGGAGUUCCUUCCUUUUACAGUUGAGCCGACGCAGAACUUUAGACCUAAUAGAACCUUCUCACCCCCCGAAUUACCCAUGGAUAAGAUCACGAGUUACAGAAACGAAUACACUCCCAAGUUCCAGCAUAAGCAACAUAGCAUGCAGCCAUCUAAUAAAUAUGUUCCACCGCAAUUAAAGUUUUCAAAAGAAACAAAUUAUAAUGCAGAUUUCAUUCCACGCAAAUUAGAACUAACGGAAAACUUCAAACCAAAGUCAAUAUAUUCUCUCCCAUUGAUACCCAUGGAGCAGCAAACUUGCUACUCUGGUGAAUUUACGCCUAGAGUGCAAGAAAAACAAGAGAGUUUGAGGCCAGCGAAUACCUACAAACCACCUGUAGAUGAAUUUGCGAAGGAUACCAGCUACAAUUUAGACUUUAUACCACGUGUUGGGGAAGUUACAGAAAAUUUUAAACCAAGGUUUAGUUACUCUCUUCCUGAGACACCCAUGCAAAAGGACACUAUUUAUACCAUAGAGUAUUUACCUAAAACUCAAAGCAAGCAGGAAAAUAUGAAGCCAAAGUUUCACUUUGAACCACCUCUGAGUGAAUUUACCAAGGACACCUCUUAUCGCAAAGAGUUCAUUCCACGAGAUGGUGUGCAC